UGACCACCUUGUACAGUGACGUGUAUUCCAACUGAGCAUGUAACCACGGAAGAUCCUGCUGAAAUUUCAACAUGCUAACAGACGAUACCAAUGAUGAAGACGUGUCUCUGUUUGACGCGGAGGAGGAUGCAGGGAAAAGGUCAAAGAGGACCAAUAUUAAGCAUCCAGUGGCCUCCUUCUUCCACCUCUUCUUCAGAGUUAGUGCCAUCAUCGUGUACCUGCUCUGUGGGAUCAUCAGUAGCAGUUUCAUCGGCUGCAUGGUCGCGAUAAUCCUCCUGCUGUCAUGUGACUUCUGGACAGUAAAAAACAUCACUGGGAGGCUGAUGGUCGGUCUGAGGUGGUGGAACCAGGUGGAUGAUGAUGGACGUAGUCACUGGGUCUUUGAGGCUAGGAAGGGAACUGGGAAGCAACAGGCGUCAGAUUCUGAGUCCCGAAUCUUCUGGAUCGGACUGGUUGUCUGUCCGGUUCUCUGGGUGAUCUUUGCUUUCAGCACCCUUUUUUCCUUCAGGAUUAAAUGGGUGCCUGUUGUGAUCAUGGGCGUGGUGUUGCAAGGGGCCAACCUCUACGGAUACGUGCGGUGUAAAGUGGGAGGCAAGACCAGUUUAAAGAACAUGGCUACAAAUUAUUUUGGACGACAGUUCCUCAAACAGGCGCUGUCUAAAGAAGAGGAAUCGUAGAGUGCAGCUCUGCGAUUUUAACACGUUUGCAUUAUUCUUAAUGCUGUUAUAUCUAUUCUUUUAGCAGGUAUGUACGUAGAGAGAAACCUUUUUGCAAUCUGAACUGAAAAUAACUGUUUUUGAUUUUUUUCUUUUCUUUCUAACUUCAUGUGUGACCCCAUCAGUCCCAAAUCUAUAGAGAGUUUUCUUAGAGAGGUUUGAGGUCUGGUGGCUGUUUCCAAUAACUGAGGCAAUAAACCCCAAAGACUUUAACUUUGUGUACAUGCAUGAAUGAAACAGGGUGUAAAGGCUUCAGAUGUAGUUUGAUGUGUCCUGUCAUCUCACAGCUCCCUGAGGUGUCUUAUUUAGUUUGUUUUCAUUGCCUCUUCAAUCUUUAUAAAACUAAACCAUGUCGUUUCUGAGAGGUGUCGUACAAACAUUUUUGUUUGUAUAAAAGAAAAGGUUGUAAAGUAACAGUGCAAAGAAUUCCAGGAGAUUUGUAAAUAUGUAUGUAAAGAAACUAUGUGGAACAUCUUCUUUUGUGCAAAUACAUUUGUAACAUUUUUCCGAA